CGUUGAGACAGGGAAUGUUUUUAGUGCUGCACCGUGAACUGUCAGUUGAAAGGUGUUCUACGAGAGUACAGCCCGGGAGGAUGGCCCAGACGGACAGCCGGGUGCUGGUUCUGAGCGCGCUGGCCGGGGCGGCCGGUGUCAGCCUGGCGCUGGUGUGGUACCGGACCCGGAGGGGCCAGCAGUGGCUGGGCGGCGGGGAGGAGCGGCGGGGCGGGGGAGCGGGCUCGGCGCUGGCCCUGCAGGCCCGGCAGGCGGAGGUGGCCGAGCGGCUCGGGGCGCUGAUCCAGUGCGUGUCGGAGCUGAAGGAUGAGGUGCGGGCGCUGAAGGACGCCCUCCCGCGGCUGCAGGAGCAGGUGCGGGCUGAGCUCCGCGCGCCGCCCAGGACCCCCCGCAGGAAGAGAGUCGCAGGGCCCGCCAGGGUCGAGGGCCACAGCUCCGAGGAGGCGGAGAGCGAGGGAGGGUAUGUGACGGCACACACUGACACGGAGGAGGAGGACGAGGAGGAGCAGGGCGAAGGCGGGGGAGACGCGGUUCAGCCGAGCGACGUCGGCGAGGAGAAGGAUGACCUCACGCUGCUGCUGGACCAGGCAGACUGCCUGAACAAGGGCUCCGAGUGCCAGAAGAGGGAGGGGCUCCAGGUGCUGCUGGGAAAGAAGGAGGAGUUUGGGCUGAAUACGUCCUUUCUCUGGCGCCUGAUGCGGGCCUACGUGGACGCACACGACAUGGCCACCGAUGUCGGUGACAAGAAGAGCCACGCGGAGGCUGGUAAGAUGGUGGGUGCGGAGGCCAUCACGUUGAACCCUAUGUGUGCAGAGAGCCAUCAGUGGUAUGCCAUAUUAUGUGGGCUCAUGUCGGAGUACGAGAGCGUGCAGAAUAAGAUAAAGAAUGGCUAUCUCUUCAAGGAUCAUCUGGACAGAGCCAUCGAGCUGAAGCCCCAGGACCCCCUCUCUUACUACCUCCUGGGCCGCUGGUGCUACGCUGUCGCUCAGCUGUCAUGGCUGGAGAGGAAAGUUGCUACUACCCUGUUUGGAGAACCACCAAGCGCCAGCGUCCAUGACGCUCUGAGGAACUUCCUGAAGGUAGAGGAAAUCCAGCCAAAAUAUUCCAAAUGCAACUACGUGUUUUUAGCCAAGUGUUACAAAGACUUGGGUGAGAGAAGGCAGGCCUUGGAAAUGUGCAACGCGGCAUCGUCCAUGAGCACCGUCUCUAAAGAGGAUGAGGAGGCGCAGAAUGAGCUGAACUCUCUCCUUCCGUCGCUUAGUGCAUGAGGACACGUCUCCCCUCCGCCAGCCUUCCCGGGACCUCUACUGAACACUACACUUUAUCUUUUUUAGAAUAUUAUCCUUUUUUUUUUUUUAACAGUUUAAGAGUGGGCCCUUCAGGAGGCUGUGUGCAGGACUGGACAGUGCAGGGUAGUGAAUGUAGGAUGGACACAGCCGUAUCCUCUAAGAUCUGUUAUGUCUGGGAGAAAUGCCCCUGCGCUUCUCCGGUGUCACAAGCACGGUUGUGCCAGUUCUGCCAGACUGCACUCCGUCAGCUCUUCGGGCUGGGAACUGGAGCCAUCGCCUGUUCCCAUUUACAGCUCCCACAAAAGGCAGGAGGAGAGAAAGAGCCGGGGAGAGAUUGGCCCUGGACCAUCUCACGUCUGCGUUAUCUCCAAAUCCUGGGACAAUGGCAUCCUGUUUCUGGUUCUGCUCCCCAGAGCAUCGUAAAGGAGGUCGUGGGUUCCUGCCGGCUGGAGCGAAACCUUCCGUCUCAUCGGCUGCCACCACUGUCAUUUGAAGUUUUUUUUUAAAGCUUGUUUGUUUUUCGGAAGAGUCCAAUUUGGCUGUUGGACGACCUUCUGAGGGACAUUCUAGGUCUGUUGGGUACUUAAGAUCGGUCGGUGACAGUUUCCAGUUCCCGGUGUCCCCAUAUAAAGCCUGGUCGAUGUGUGUUUUGUGACUGAGGCGAGCACUAAGGGGGAGUUUGUUGCUCAAGUCCUCAGCUUGUUACAGGCAGGAAUUCUGACCUAUCACAAGGAGGGGUUUUUCUCCUCCUCCCACCCUGAUCGGCAGGGAACCGCUGAGGACCCGCCCUUUAACAUCUAUGACAAAAGUCAAACAUCAGCAGCCUAUACCGUAUAGAAAUAAAGACCAGAGGCGCUGAUAUUCGCCCCUACUGGGUUUACUUUUAACAGACGAUUAUGUUUCCUGGAUUUCAGGCAUGAAGCAAAUAGAAGUAGCUGUGUCGUGCAGAUUUUUAUUAAUAUUUUUUAAUAUUUUAAAUUAGGGUUUUAGGGCAAUCAUGUCAGUGAAAUUUGACGUAACUUUACACUUAACAUCUGUCUGUUGAAUUGUGUUACAAGGGGAAUGGGUGGUAUUAAUUUGAUUGCUGUUUUGUUAUUAUUGUUUGCACUAUCCUGUAAAUCACUCUUAUAGAGACCAAUUACUUUACUGUUUCGAAAUACAAUAGGUGAAAUACUUGAAGGUUGGAAAAUGGAAUGUUCAUGAAUGUACACAGUUUUGGUAUUUUUAGUGGUACGCAUACUCAUGUAAAUGAAAUUGUAAAUUACAAAGUAAUUAUAGCUCAAAACUUUAUAUCUUCAAAACCAAACAUUUUCUUUAAAAAGCAUCCAUGCUGCAAUAAAGCCUAUAUUGCACAA